AUGUACCCCGAUUGGCCGCUAUCGAGCGUGGAUCUGGUGCCGUUGCCAUUGUGUGAUGGGCCCAAGCUGAAGACUUUUGACUUCCAAGGCGCGCAAACAAUCGAGUUUCUCGAGCACGUCGGCGAAGGACUGCACGCGCACGUGUUCAAGGUGCAGAUCCGCGAGCAGAUCUACGCACUCAAGCUAUUCCGUUUCGUCUAUGACCACAACUGGCUGGGCCCCGCGAGCGACACGGACCCGGACGAUCGGGUGCUCAUGAGCGCCUUCUACGACUAUGCGGAGCCCUUCAGCUGUGAGUGUCGCGCCUUUGGGCGGCUCCAUGAGGCCGGCCACGAGAAGCUUGCAGUCGGCUGUUUCGGCUAUAUACUGUUGGACGAGGACCACGAGCGCGCGCUGCACCGCCACUUCGUGGAUAUCGACUUUAAUGGCGAUAUAGAGUAUCCUGGGGGCGAUGACAUGCGGUCGCGCUUCCUAGGCCGGGACGGUCGGCCGCCCCCGAUUCGAGGCGUCGUGAAGGAGUUUCGGCCCCAGGACGAAGAAGAGGAGCUGCAGCCGGCAGUAGUUAGCAAGAUGCUCGGCGACAUUGGCCGGCUGCAGCAGCUUGGCAUCCUGCGCAUCGACGUCGCGGCUCGGCAGCUGGUGGGUGGCAAGAUCAGCGAUUUUAGCACGGCCAUCACCGUGCCGCAUUUCGUGACGACGCCCGAGCUGAACCCAAGCCUGACACGCGAGAUGCGGAUCGCCAUGGAGCUCGAGACGUUUGAGCUGUCGAAUGAUGACUAUCUCGCAUUCGACGAGAUGAUGUUCGACUGGAACCUGCAACACGCCGACGAGAAGGGCACCAUCGCGGUGCGCGCGUUUCCAGGCGGCCACGGCUCUCCGCCACUCCGGCACUACGAGCUAAGGAAUAAGGCGGCUCGGAAGCGUGUCUUUACAUAUGUUGACCCGAGACAGUAUAACUGGAGGAGGCGAACCAAGGGCAUAAACAAGAGCCGGCGAAGACGGCUGCGUGCCAAGCCUCCCACAUGGGUCUACUACUGUGGCCAGGACGGCGAAUUGGCCGCGAGACUAAGGAAGUCCCAGCCGGCCGGCCCCACGUUACAAUGGGAUUACAGAGAUGGUUUGAUUUUUCCCCGCCAGUUGCUCGGCCGGGAAUAUGCGGUCGAGGAUGUGGCCGUAGCUCUCGUUAAGCGUGUCGAUAUUGAACUGGUCCCAGAGCCUGAUGGCAUCGUCAUCGACGAUGGGCCACUGGCCCGUACUGUUCUUGCUGGCUUUCGUCUUGCAAGGGACCGCCGGCUUCGACUGCGAGCACAGGUGAACACCGUUAGCAAACGGUUCGCCCAGAAGUAUGCGCUGCAACGCACCGGCAGCAAUCACACCAACGCUUCUGGGCGCAAGAACCUUGCCAAGGGCCGUAUACGCCACAGGAAGUUCGUUGGCGCCGCGAGACACAAUGCGGAAGGGGCGAUUUCUCAGGGACGCCCCAAGAAAGAGGAGGCGCCUUACACCUAG